AUGAUUGCUACAACACAAUUACACAAUUCGUGCACAUUGAAAUUAUCUGGGACAACUGCUGCAGCGUCAUUAGCUGGGGGGAUUAUUGCCUUGACAUUAGAAGCCAACCCAAAUUUAGGUUGGAGAGAUAUACAGCAUAUUAUUGUAAGAACUGCAAAACCACAUUCUUUACGUGCUGCUGAUUGGCGUAAGAAUGGACUUGGUCGUUGGUUCUCUCACUCAUAUGGAUAUGGUCUCAUUGAUGCGGGUGCAAUGGUCCGAAUGGCACGUAAAUGGAAAAAUGUUCCAAAAGCUUUAAAUUGUUCAAAUGUUUAUCAACAGGCAGAUUUUAUAGCCAUUGAAAAUGGAACAAGCUUUAAUGCAACUUUAUACACUGCAGGGUGCUUAGAUAAUGGAAAUGAUAAUCGAGUUAAUUUUCUAGAGCACGUCCAAGCAAUUAUAGACGUUGGAGCUUUUACUCGUGGCAAAAUAGAAAUUUAUUUGACAAGUCCUAAAGGUGUUCUUUUUUUGUUUUUUCGGGAAAAUAAUCAAAAUUUUCAAGGCACUCGUUCAAAACUUAUGUCUAAAAGGCCUAAAGACACCAGCAGUCUUGGCUAUAUUAAUUGGGAAUUUAUGUCCGUUCAUUUUUGGGGAGAGAGUUCUGAUGGUAAUUGGACUUUGGAGAUUAAUAAUGCUGAUGAAGAAAAUAGUAAGUAUGUAUAGUAAAGCAGAACUGG